GGACUACUCGGAUACUUCAGCUUGCUAGAAGGAUGCUUGGCCAUGAUCAGAGACCACCAGCGCAAUCACACCAUCAGCUACCAAUGGGUGGUGCGUGCCCGCCUUGACUCCUUUUGGUCUGGCCCCCUCCCUCCUACUGCCUUCGUCCCCGACACAUACAUAGCCCCCCUCGGUCUCCAAUUCAGCGGCCUCAACGACAGAUUCAGUGUUAGCAGCUUCCAAGUCUUCGAGGUCGCCAUGUCUCGACUCUCUGCUGCCUCAGCAUUGCAUGCAAAAGGUCUGAGAAAACUCAACUCCGAGAAGACUCUUGCCAAAGUUCUAGAAGAGGCCAAGGUCGAGUGGGACAUCCAGGCUCUACCUUUCUGCAUAGUGAGUGAGAGGCGAUACCCAUGGCCCCCAGGCAGGUGGGGGUUGGCUGUGGCAAAAAUGACAUUGCAUGACCCUCCGUUGAGCGGGGCAGAGUGUCGGCCAU